AUGGCUCCUCCCAAGGUCUUCCUAACUGGCGUCACCGGCUAUAUUGGGGGUGAUGGUUUAUUCGCCGUCGCCCAGGCUCACCCUGACUGGCAGCUCUCAGCCCUCGUCCGCAACAAGGAUAAGGCUGCCCAGCUCACGAGCAAAUACCCCCAAAUCCGCGUGGUGCACGGCAACCUGGACUCUGCUGACCUCAUUGAGGAAGAGGUAAAGAAUGCUGACAUUGUCUACCACUUUGCCGACUGCGACCACGUCGGCGCAGCUCAAGCGAUUGCCAAGGGUGUUCAACACCACACCCCCGAACGCCCUGUGUGGUUGAUCCACACUUCUGGCACUGGCAUUUUGACGGUCGAGGAUCAACGCGCCCGCUCGUAUGGGAUCGAGCGCCCCAAGGAUUACAACGACUGGGAGGGCGUCAGCGAGCUUGUCAACCUCCCCGCCGACGCCUUUCACCGGAAUGUGGACGAAAUCAUCAUCCAUGCCGGUCAGCAAAACUCAGCCAGCGUGCACACUGCGGUCGUGUGCCCACCCACCAUCUACGGGCCGGGUCGUGGACCUGGCAACACCAAGAGUGUCCAGGCAUAUUUGCUGAGCGCCGCCGUGCUGAAGCGCAAGAAGGGCUUCCUCGUCGGCAAAGGUGAGAAUGUCUGGCACCAGGUUCACGUUCAAGAUCUAAGCAAUGUCUACCUGGCACUGGGCGAGGCUGCUGCUGAAGGUGGUGGCAAGGCUACUUGGGGCGACGAGGGCUACUACCUUGCUGAGAAUGGUUCAUUUGUCUGGGGAGACAUCCAGCGAGCCGUUGCGCAAUCCGCCUUCGACCAGAAGCUCAUCCCAUCCCCCGAGGUCGAAUCCCUGGAUGAUGCCCAGAUCACCGAGAUUCUUUCUGUCGGCUUGUAUGCCUGGGGAUCCAAUUCCCGGGGCCAUGCAAUCCGUGCUCGUAAACUUUUUGGCUGGACGCCACAACAGCCAAAACUGAUUGAUCUUAUCCCCGACAUUGUGGCGCUGGAGGCCAAGGACCUCGGUCUGUGA